AUCCGCCAUGGCCUCGAACUGCGCGGGGGGCUCGUCGGCGGGGGGCGCCGGGGCGGCGCUGGGGGCCGCGCUCAGCGCGAGCAAGACCAAGACGAAGAAGAAACACUUCGUGUGUCAGAAGGUGAAGCUGUUCCGGGCCUCGGAGCCGCUGCUCAGCGUCCUCAUGUGGGGGGCCAACCACACGAUCAAUGAGCUAAGCAAUGUUCCUGUCCCUGUCAUGUUAAUGCCAGAUGACUUUAAAGCCUACAGUAAGAUUAAGGUGGACAAUCAUCUUUUCAACAAGGAAAACUUGCCAAGCCGUUUUAAAUUUAAGGAGUACUGCCCAAUGGUGUUCCGAAACCUCCGCGAAAGAUUUGGGAUUGACGAUCAAGAUUAUCAGAACUCCGUCACACGAAGCGCCCCAGUGAACAGCGACAGCCAAGGUCGAUGCGGGGCCCGUUUCCUGACCACCUACGACAGGAGGUUUGUCAUUAAGGCAGUGUCGAGCGAAGACGUAGCAGAGAUGCACAACAUACUCAAGAAGUACCAUCAGUUUAUAGUGGAAUGCCAUGGGAACACCCUUCUCCCCCAGUUCCUAGGCAUGUACAGACUCACCGUGGACGGAGUGGAAACCUACAUGGUAGUCACCAGGAACGUAUUUAGUCACAGGCUGACUGUGCAUCGGAAGUAUGAUCUGAAGGGCUCAACAGUCUCCAGGGAAGCAAGUGACAAAGAAAAGGCCAAGGAUUUGCCAACGUUCAAAGACAACGACUUCUUGAACGAAGGCCAGAAGCUCCACGUUGGAGAAGAGAGUAAAAAGCACUUCCUCGAAAAGCUAAAGCGGGACGUGGAGUUUUUAGCUCAACUGAAGAUCAUGGACUACAGCCUGCUGGUGGGCAUUCACGAUGUUGACCGGGCAGAGCAGGAAGAGAUGGAUGUGGAGGAUCGGGCCGAGGACGAGGAGUGUGAGAAUGAUGGCAUUGGCGGGAACCCUAUUGGCUCUUACGGGACCCCACCUGACAGCCCCGGCAACCUCCUCAACUUCCCGCGGUUCUUCGGGCCUGGGGAGUUUGACCCUUCAGUCGACGUAUAUGCCAUGAAAAGCCAUGACAGUGCCCCUAAGAAGGAGGUGUAUUUCAUGGCCAUUAUAGACAUUCUUACGCCGUACGAUGCAAAGAAGAAAGCUGCACAUGCUGCCAAAACAGUGAAACAUGGGGCCGGGGCGGAGAUCUCCACGGUGAAUCCGGAGCAGUACUCUAAACGCUUCAAUGAAUUUAUGUCCAAUAUCCUGACAUAGUCACCUUCUACCUUGAGCCAGAAAGGAAGAGAAGAGGGGCUACUUCCAAGCAGAGAACACGGCCUGUGACACUAAAACAGACACUGUAGCAGCACGUGGGGUAUGAGUGAGUGUGAGCGUGUGGCACUGUAUGAUUUACAGGAAACUAAUCUAGGUGCAUUCUCAAAUAUUCCACUUGACCCAGGUGGAAAAGUGGCUUUUUUCCUUUUGUUACAGAAAUGCCCAAAUAGAGAUUUGAGGCUUUUUUAAAAAAGAAAAUCUAAUUGCUGCAGCGAUGCUGUUCAUAAUGACAUUUUCUCUUCUCUGAUCACGAGACGCCAGUAAGGAUUCCACGAACGGCUGUUUUAAAAGGGGGAGCUCUAACCUGUAGCUUGUGUUAAAUAAGAGGAGACGCAACGCCUAAUUCCACAAACUGCUGUUCUUUUUAAUGGACAGCUUGUUUGUUUUUUAACAGAAAGCUGUACAAACCCUUUUAUUUCCUUCUUGGUAGGAGUUGGGGGGGGGGGGAGUAGUCUGCCAUUUCAAGGAUGAAAAUGUUGAGGAGCUGCUGAACCUUAACUAGGUAAAUUCAAGCUGGGAACAUUUCUUUUGGGGGGGGGGGGGUUACAAAAUUAUUUUACUUAAGAAAUUACCUUCACAAGAAAGACGAGGGAAAUGAACAUCUACCAAAGCUGGUCACUUAAGGCAUAACUCAUAGAAGCUAAAAAGUAGUAUGAAAAAUACUGGAGAGCCACAGAACCAUCAUACUUGGGAUAGGCGGCCUGGGAAGAUUCCCUUGAAGAAGAAAAUCAUGUUAACUUAUUCUGCAGGUCUGGGGUUACAUUUGGCUGUCUAGAAAAAAUGACAAUUGUUAAAUCUCCCUGCCUCUAAAAUAGAGCCGAUGCAUGACAGUUCUGCCAGUGUUAAUCUAGCUAAUGUUCAGUCUUCCUAACUCGUCCAGUCCUGUUACAAGUACUUGAAUUGUUGCCUGAGAGAGGUUUAAAAAACCAACCAACCAAGUCAACAUGACGUGCAUCUUGAGAAAUGUAAAUUGCUGUCAGUUUGGAGUGUUGGUAGUUGUGACUGUGUCCCCAGUUCCACUGCUCAAGAGGACUCCGAAUUUGAGCCGUAAUUGUCUACGCUCUGCUCCAGGUCCAUAACUCUAGCUGGUAGAGUGAGUCAGUGGGCAUAAAUGACUGAACGCUUCCUCCAGAUAUUUCCCCCUAAGGAAUUUGAACUGAUUUGCGUGAUUGAAUUAUGUCCUAUUUGUCUCCAGACCGCUUGUAAUAUUUUUCACAGCCAAGCUUGUUGAACUUGCUGUAAGUUUAAUUAGUUCUGCUGCACAACAGUUAUGUCUGUCUGUUUUUUUUAAGCAGGAUUUAGCUGUUUAAGAGACACCUUGCAGUUGACAUAAGUUGCUUAUCUGCCUUGAAACUGUUUUCACAAAUGCCUUUGUUUCAGGAAUACGCUGUUAGAAUGUUUGUGUCCUGUGCUAUAAUAUGUGCUAGUUUGCUCUGUCAGUUUGGUCCUGUUUGAGAGAGAGGUGGUACCCAUCGUGUCCUGGUAACUAACUAGACUAAUGCUAGCUGUGAUUGGAUUUUGAAUGCGGGAUGACUUUUUUUUUAAUCCACGUUCCUGAUGUGAUUUCACAGCUCUCAGCACAGGGGAAUGACGGGGGAUUUGUUAAGACUGAAAAAUAGGCUUAGAAGAGUACAUUGUAAAUAUUGUUUAAAAAAAGGUCUAAAACAAAUCAUUGGUUUUAAUGGGACAUGAAACUUUUUGUUCAUUCAUGGGUCAUUCCCUUUGAUGGGGACAAAUUUUUUAUGCCAUUGUAAUCCAUUGUCUUGUCUUUGUGUAAAUUUGGGGAACUAACAUGCUAUUGUCUGACACCCUGGUAAGAUUCUCGUACAUCUUAGGGUGUCUGGCUCACAAUACCACAAAUCAGGUGCAGAUAAGAGAAAACGUAGAGGGAUAUUGGUUGCUUUCCUCUAAACAAAAAAUGCACUUAUGUCUGCUGUGAAAUAGGAAUUAAAUAUCGAUCGCGUUUUACUCUUGACAGUUUAAAAAGUCCUGAAUCUACAAUUUUGGCCUAGUAAGUUUGCCACUCUCCUUGUGGGAAAUUAGAUGAAACUUUAGUGUGCUAGACUUAUAAAUACGCAAUUAUUUUUUUUUUAAUUGUGGUAAAUAGGGAAGUAAGCUGCAGCCAUUCUGCAGUGGGGUAUUUUUCAGUGGGCAACCCAAGGACGGUCAAAGGAAGACGUUUCUGUAACUUGGGGCAAAACACUGAUUCCCCGGAACUUGGUAAACAGCUGAAAUCAAAACGAGUAGUUCCUGCAGCCAAUGUUACAAAACACCAUGACACUAAGGAUUUAAGACCUUGUCAUUUCUUUUCCCACUCUAGAUAGGGAGCAAACAAUCCUCUGUUAGACCCCAUUUGGUUGUCUCAAUGCCUCGAGUGGUAUAAAAGCCCUAAAAUAUCUAUUCACUUUAGCACUUACCCCAUUUUGCCAUUUUUGUUGCCAUACUGUGUGUGUGUAUAUAUAUAAAAAAUAACUAAAUGCAAUUUUAUCAUUUAAAGAUGUAUUACCCAGGUAUAACUUUGUUUAACAUAAGGAGUUUGUAUAUUGUUUACAUUUUGAGAGGUAGCAUGUUAAAAAUGCUAAUUUUGUUUCUAGACAGUAUUUUUUUGUUACUAUAAGAGGUGAAGCUGCAAAUAUUUGAUUUGUUUUUAAAAGGGACUUUUGCUUUUGUUUUUAAUCUUGAUCUAGAAUACCUUUAUUCUCUUGAGUUCAAGUAUUUAACGCCCCUUCUCCCCCGCCCCUGCAUUAAUCCUGUUUUUUUUAAACUGCCUGUAAUAACUUAAUCUAGUUUCAGUCUGACUUUGUGUUCCAGGUUGCUGAAUGUUGAUAUACUUCUGCCCAUAGCAUGUGCCCUCCCAGAUCACUUUACACUGAAGUGCAUUGCAAUUAAAACCAUAGCUCAUGUGGAAAAAGAUGCAGUCUUCAGAGCUGUACAAAAAAAACUAAUAGCAGGUCACUUAAGAGACUCCAGCCAAAUGGCAGGAAGGUCUCUUUUCUAACAUGCUAUAUUUUUUUUUCUAGAGAAUGCUGGGCAAAAAGGAAAAAAGCUAGGGUGGAGCUGGAAGGGAAAACAUUCCCUAACUCUGGGAAAAACUAAUCAGGGCAGGAGCAUCUCGCUCGCUCGCUGCACUGGGCCUAAUCCUACCUGGCCAGUUUCUGGUUUCUUUUGCGUACAGACUGAUUGUCUGUCCUUGUCAUACACCUACAAGAGUGGCAGCAGGGGAGGUUAUGGAAUUCACUUCUCAAAGAAGACGUGUAUGAUUCUGUUUCCUUCCUCACUAUCAAAUUUUUUCUACUUAUCAAUCACUUAAUACAGUGCCUCUAAUGACACCCUAGUUUUGAUUGUAGUUGCUUUAGCUAAUUAUGAAGCUCUAGGGGGUGGGAGUGUACUUAAAAAAGGUCAACUGGUGUUUGACUUAAUCCCAGAGGGGUCAAACGUCCUUGGAAUUUUCAGCUGAAAAUACUGGAUAGGACCAAGGACGUUAUGAAAAUAUUCAAGAUGUUGCCAUUUGUUUAAAUAUGGGAUGGCAUGCAAUUUUCUUUAUGUAAGACAAUGCACUUUUGAGGUGGAUACAGACUUUAUAGCAUGAUGAAGGGCCUGCUCUUCCACUUCCAGGAAAUCUAACUUGAUUUAAUUUUUACUGUCAGUCAAAAUUAAGUGUUUUUAAUAAUGAGGGGUGCUUGCUCUUUGCCCAUGUGGGCAAAGAAUGACUGCUUUUCCUGCCAGUGGCUAUCAGAACUGCCUUCAACUUCAAGUGUUCUAACCCCAGGUAAAACUAGAGGCAUAAAACUGUAGUGUGAUUAAUUAUGGAGACAGUCUUUUGCUCGGUGAUUUAUAUUCUGGCCUAAAUGUAUGAAGGACUCCUUAUCCUAUACUUACUGUGCAGAGGUGCCCCACUUGUUGCUGUAGAAAGGUUGGAGUGUUUUUAAACUUGAGGUGGUAUAAACAAACAUUUCAAAGCUCAUGGUGUGUGCGCUGAAAUUCUGGUUGCACCAUCCUAUAACUAAUGAUUCAAAACAAAUUGCAAUACCCUCCCCUCCUGCUUUCAAUGCACCAUUUCCAACUUGCCUAACAGUUCCUGUCCUCCUCAGAGAGCUUAUUUUCCAGCAUCCAUGAUAUUAGCCAAGACUGACUUUCCUUGACAUGUGUAAUGAAUUCUUGUGUAAUAGCACUAGUAAAAGUAGGGGAAACCCAGCUUUCAGUCAUCUAUGAUUAGAGUGGGUUAAGUUUACCACUCUGAUCUUGUGCUGUUCUUUUAGAUGUAUGAUAAAUGCAAUUGAAUUGAGCUGUGUUAAAUGAGCCUAUUACACACAGGUCAGGGGUGGGGCUAAUCAGUGCAACUGAAAAAAUGUGAAUAAAUUAAAUCAAACUAAGAAAAAAUGGAGCAUUCUAGAUUUUCACUGCUGUUUCAGUUUUUUUUAAAUAGGAAUCAAGUCCUCUGUGCUUGUCUGUUUGCUAGGAGCAAUUUGGAAACUUACUGUUUUGAAAUGCAUGCAUGUUACAAGAUGAGUCUCAGCCAGAAAAAAAUAAAAUUAAAAGUUUGUGUACAUCAUUGUCUAAAGUUCUGAUCUUCCUGGUGUGCC